AUGUACCCAUCGGAUAGGAGUCUACGCAGCAAAUGUCGACGAAUCGACCCAGGAAAAUCAGCUGCAGAUGCAAGGAAGCAACAAACGUUUGAACAGCCAGCAACUAGAUCCAGGCAACAACGGGAGAGAGUUGUCCCGAUUCCUCCAAGAACAGCUGCCAUCAAGCGUCCGGGAGUACAAUCGGAACCUAAACAAAUCAUCAUAAGGAACCCGUGCAUCAAGCUAAGAGGAGUGACGGUCAAGAGGGUCAAGGAGCUAAAACUCCUUGGCCUCAUCUUGGAUGAAAACCUCACUUGGAUUCCUCACUUGCAAGCCCAAAGGGUCAAAGCCACAAGAAUAGCAACUAGAAUUAAAAAUAUGCAGGGCAAAGUUUGGGGAUUACGACCUCACUUCCUCAAGACUAUUUACAAGACGGUAGUAAAAAAAAUAGUUUUGUAUGGGGCAGCUAUUUGGGCCCUACCCAUGACUGCGAGGAAAUUGAAUUUACUUAAUAGCAUUCAACGACCUUUCGUCCUUGCUAUCACGAAAACAUACAGGACAACGGCCACAGCAGCGGCAGCGGUUCUAGCUGGACUUACUCCUCUGCCAAUAGCCGCACUACAAGAGGCAACUGUUUCUACUGUCAUGCUUCUUAGGAAGUCAGCCUCAUUUAGCGGAACUACAUCUGUACCAUCAGACUUUGAGAACAAAAUUUCUCAGCUCAAAGUUCAUCCCGCUAGUUAUGGGUUGGGCAUUUGUGCCCAUACCUCUAUGUCUCAGGAUUUACGGGUAAGAGACACAGGCGGUGGAAAUACCAUCAGCAUAUUCACUGAUGGCUCAAAAAUCAACGAAGAGGCAGGCUGCGCUUUUAUUUCUCAUUAUCAUGAUAAAGUCUUAGAAACUUGGAAAGGAUACAUUGGACUUAAUAGAUCGAUAGUCAGUCGGCAAUUUGCUCUUCGUGAUCCAUUCCAUCCACCACCGAUUAUAGCAGAUAUACAAUGCCUGCUCAAAGAAAAUGAUCAUGACUGCAACAUCCAGAUUUUAUGGAUUAAAGCACACGCGGGCCACAGAGGCAAUGAGGAUGCAGACACUCUUGCAAAGGAAGCUGCAAAGAAUAUCGGUGCGCAAGAUGUCCAGAUCCCGCUUCCCAAAUCUUAUCUGAAGCGAGUCUGUCGCAUUAAAUCGCAGCAACAAUGGCAAGAGGAAUGGUACUCUAUAUCGCAAGGCCGUAGAACCCAUGACUUUGUUAUGAGUUCUUCUACUAGAGUUUCCCAAGAUCGACUCAUCUCAGCCCCUUUCCUUUCCCGUUUCAUUACAGGCCACGGACCAUUUCCCCAAUGUUUCUAUCAAAGGGUAAUAUCAACAACUGAUCAUUGA